AUGUUUAUACUGUUAACUGCAGCUUCGGUCCUCGCUGACGAUGUGUCUCCUGUGGUCACCACGGCCAGCGGCAAGGUGCGAGGAACGGUGCAGUACACAAACGACCUGCCGGACAAACCUGUCUACACCUUCAAGGGCAUCCCGUACGCAGCGCCCCCUGUCGGAGACCUGCGGUUCCGCGCCUCUCAGCCUGCUGUUCCAUGGGAAGGGAUCAGGGACGCCAGUCAACUGGGUCCCUUUUGUCCACAGGAUAACACCAUUUUCAGCAUCUUCCCCGUACAGAUGGAACAGACAAGCUUCAGUGAAGACUGUCUGACACUUAAUGUGGAAACACCUACCAUGGAAAGAGAUGCUGGACUGCCGGUUCUAAUAUGGAUUCACGGCGGCGCCCUGAUAAUAGGAGCCGGGUGGGUGAUGCCUCACGCGUCCCUGGCGUCUCACCAGGAUGUUGUAGUCGUGUCUAUCAACUACCGAGUCGGUGUGCAUGGGUUCCUCAGCACCGGGGACGCGCAUGCUCCGGGCAACUUCGGCUUCCUCGAUCAGGUCCAGGCGAUGGUUUGGGUUCAAGAAAAUAUCCGAAACUUCGGAGGAGACCCGGACCGGGUUACCAUCUUCGGCCAGUCUGCCGGCGCUGCGAGUGUGUGUUACCACGUGGUGUCUCCUCUCAGUAAGGGUCUGUUCCAGCGGGCCAUCUCUCAGAGCGGAGUGUGUCAGACGGUGGAGGUGAACCCCAAGCCGCUGCCCAGAGCGGUGAUGCUGGCAGAAGUACUCAACUGCGACACGAAGCACACAGCGAGCAUGGUGGCCUGCCUCAGAGAGAAGUCGUCUGGUGAACUGAUCACUGGUCACCAGCUUGUGAUGCAGAAACUCAACUUUGAGGAGGUGCCUUUCCCACCUGUAGUGGACACGACGUUCCUUCCAUCCCAUCCAAACGACUUGUUUGACCAAGGGCAUACAAACCAUGUGGACUAUCUCCUGGGUGUGAACAACCAUGAAUACGGGUACGCGGUUCCGCUAGGAGUCAUACCAAACUAUGGACAGGGCAUGACAAAGGACAAGUCCCUCUCCACUCUAAAGAGAACAUUGAACAGAGCAUACCCGAGUUCCUAUCACGACGACAUGAUCACGGCCGUAAGCACAGUGUAUUUUGACCCUGACAUCCCGGACGACCCCAUGGCUAUCCAACACCAGUUCACCCUGGCAGCCGGAGACCAGCUGUUCGUGGCACCUACUGUGUCCAUCGCUAACAAAUAUGCGGCCUCUGGCGGAAAUGUGUACCUGUAUGAGAACCAGUACGCGCCAUCACGACUGUCCGCAGCACGGCCGGACUGGGUGGGGUGUGACCACGUGGAUGACCUGUACGUCAUGCCCGGUGUGGCCUUCUUAGACGUACGGACGUCUGACGGAGAACUCAUGGCCUUUAACUCGGACGACAGGAGGAUAAGUCUGGACAUGAUGGCUUACUGGGCCAACUUCGCUCGCACCGGGAACCCGUCAGACCGUACCGGCGGCCCAGCUGACAGCCCCACGGUACCAGAGUGGCCCCAGUACACACCUGACAACCCCGCCUACAUGAAGCUGGACGUGACGUCAUCUGCUGACGUAGGGCUGAAGACUGAGAAGAUGAAACUGUGGAAUGACGUCAUCCCCAAGCUCGUAGCAGCAUCUGGCAAAGACUAGUUAUAGUCACUUUGCAAUGUUUCUGUAUUACUACAGCAGACAUUGCAAAACUUAACAUGUAGUUAUGUGUAGAAUCGUAAGGUAUUUAACAUGGCGCCCAAAUUUGGAAUAUGACACUUUCUAAAUU